GAUCAAGAUGCGGGAGAAAGAAUAAAAAUAACAGUCAAGCGCAGAUGAGGAAUAAGGAUAAAUUGUCGAUAGCAGAUUACAACUCUUUACUAAUACCUUAUUCACAUCAGCAAUCUUAUGUAGGUGAUCAGUUAAAUAGAAUACAAGAGAUAAAAGAUUUAUAUUUCGAGCCCAGAACAAGCAAAAAUACAGCAAAUACUUUUCUAUCUCAUUCUCGUAAAAAGCCGAAGAAAAAAGGAAAAAGAUUAGCAAUUCAAGGAGUUCAUCCAGAUUGAAGGCAUAAAAUUAAUAGCAAAAAUAGGCUAAAUUCUUUCUUUACUCCCAAGAGUGACCGAGUGGAGUGUAUUAAUAUCAAUUUGAAUACAGAAUACCAGAAACAUCUAGAAAUUAUGAAACUAUUUUCUAUCUAUCAUAAAGAAACCAAUAAUAGGACUUUGGAAUUUUAUAAGAAUUUUGGAAUAGAGAAUAUCUCAGAAGCUCAAAUCAAAGAGAUCAACCGAACCACUGUAAAAAACAAAAUGGCUACAGCUAACUUCUCAAGCCUUAAAUCUGAUCUAGUUGAGGACAUCAAUCAAAACAGCCAAGAUGUGAUUGUUAUGAAUUCAAUGAGCAAUAAUUCUGCUUACUGUACUGAAUACAAAUUUGAAAAAUCAGAUAUCCCAUUUGAGCUAACACAACAAGAAUAUGAAAUUUACAAUGCAGCUGAGAUUGCUCUUCGAGAGACUAUGAGAAGGAAAAACACUUUUUCAGAUCAGAAUUCACCCAAAUAACGAACAAUGUUACGUCUUCAACUUGCUCAUAAAUUAUUUCUUACAUAAUGACUUCAUUACUCAGCCUGAGAAGUCUCAUUUGAACAGUCAAUCAGAGAUAGAUCUUGGAGACAGUGAAGCCGCUGAGACUGAAAAGAAAUUUAACUUGCCCAGAGGGGGGAAGAAGGGCUUGUUCAUAGCCCUGAUUCUGGACAUGCUCCAUAAGACUACGAUUAUGAAGUUUGAUGAUAUUCAUAUUUAUCUUGAAGAUUUUAAAUAAACAAAGAAUAAUGUUCCAGCAAGCAAUGAACCCAUACGAGCAUGAACGCAUGGAAGAGAUUAUAGAUGAUCUUAAAUAAAGAUCUCAAGGAGACCAGCAGGAAGUUGAAUAUACUUAGAGAGAAUUAUGACAAAUUGGAGAAGGAAUCAGCCAUUAAAGUUAAAAUGGCUUAUGACGAAAAAGAACGAAUGAAGAAAGUCUUUGAUGCCCUUCAGAGUGAUUAUAAUGCCCUUCUUGACCCCAAACAGAGGAAAGACCUUAUUUCAGGGUCUUUGAAGGAUUAUAAACAAUUGCUAGAUUUACUCAACACUUCUGAAGAAAUGAAGUCUGUGCAAGCAAAGACUGUUUCUGAGAUAACUAAAAUGUAUGAUAUAUCCCAAGCGCACCAAUACGACAGAGCAAGUCGGCAAAAAGGUAUUGGAGUUCAAACGGAAGAGGAAAGAGAGAAAGUAGAAAAGUAUCUGCUCAAAAGGCCGUAUUAA